AGUUUCUACUAACAGUUAAAAAAUACAGAAAGAUUUAUAUUAUUUUUAUAUUGAAGGAAAUGCAGAUUGUUUGAAGAUUCACUGUUACCGAGCUACUCUGGAAACUUUGAUUGUAAAGUAUUUACCGGAGAUGAAACAUUUCGGUCUUCAUAGUAUAAAGCAUGCAGAUAAAAUGCCAUUUUCUGUUUAUGUUCAGAAUGCAUUGAAAAGAAUUGAUUUAAAUAUCACUCCAGAAGACGUAUCGUCUCCUUACAUUAAUGAAUGCCUUGAACAUUGGAAACUAGUCGUGAUAUUUUAUUCUCUCAGAUUAAUGAUUGCGCCAGUAAUAGAAACCCUUGUGUUACUAGACAGGUUGCUGUUUUUAUAUGAAAAAGGUUGUUCCUGUUGUUUGAUGCCAUUAUUUGAUCCGAAAAUAUCGCCACGUAACCAAAUUUUGAUAGGAGUUAAACCGAAUAUUUUUAAACAUUAAAAAUUUAAAAAAAAACUUUAUCAAAAUAUGAAUUACUGUAGAUAAAAAUCAAUUUCUUCCAUAAUAAUUAAUUAAAAUAUUGUACAUAUUUCAACUCAUUUUCAAAAAUUGCAUAUUAUAAAUAUUUAACAAUUAUAGAAGAUAAGCAAAUUAUUUUAUUAAUUAUUUAUUGAACGAGAAACAUUUUAACAUUUUUGAUUUUAUUCAGCACCUAUUAUGAAUGAACGAAUGGUAGCUUAUGCAGCAAUAUGACUAUUUUAUGCAAUUAAUAUUUGUGUUAUGCAUUAUGGUAAGAGAAAAUACCCAGGAACAGAAAAGUAGCAUUUGAUAAAGAAUUGUUUUGGAUGAAAUCAAAUCCAGCGAGAAAUAAGUAUGAUGAAUUUAAUAUUGACGGUGUCUGAAUGGAAAAUUCUAAAGAAAAAUGUCGACAAUUGCCCGAACGAGUGAAAUAAAAUAAAUACAUGUUUGCAAAAUAACAAAACUUCAAAUGAUUCCUCAAUAUAUGAAAUAAGCAAUUUGAUCACAAUGAUUUUCAGAAGCAAAUAUGCAUAAAAUUAGAUAUACAGUACAC